CAGGUUGAACCCGCUCCCCCCAAGCAACGCAAGUCCGUCGCAUUCAGUGAAGGCGCUGUCAUUAUGGAUACCAACGGAGAAGUCACGGAGGCUGUUCCGGCUGUUGAGAAGCCGGUUGCUGAGACUGAGGACAAGGCCGUCGACGAAGUCACCGAAUUGUUCAAGGGCCUUUCGAAAAAGAAGAAGAGCAAGAAGCCCAAGGAUGCCGAGGGAGCAGACGACGAGGCCACGCCCGCAGGCGACGGCGAAUUCGACGUGUCCGCCUUGAAGAAGAAGAAGAAGAAGCCGAAGAAGGUCGACGCGGGCGAUUUCGAGGCCAAGUUGGCCGAGGCCGGUGUUGCAGAGAACGGCGGCGCCGCCGCUGAGGAGAAGGAAGAGGAGGUGCCCGAGGGUGACCACGAAGCUGGAACCGGUAUCUGGGCUCACGACGCCGCGCAACCCAUUCCUUACACGCUGCUUGUGUCCCGAUUCUUCUCCCUCAUUCAGAGCCACCACCCCGAUUUGUUGUCCAGCGGUACCAAGUCGUAUAAGAUCCCGCCGCCCCAGUGUCUGCGUGAAGGUAACCGUCGUACGAUUUUCGCCAACAUUGCCGAUAUCUGCAAGCGCAUGAAGCGCUCCGAUGAUCACGUUAUGCAGUUCUUGUUCGCCGAAUUGGGUACCAGUGGUAGUGUGGAUGGUAGUCGUCGUCUGGUUAUUAAGGGUCGUUUCCAGCAGAAGAUGAUUGAGAAUGUGUUGAGAAGAUAUAUUGUCGAAUACGUCACCUGCAAGACCUGCCGCAGUCCCGACACUGAGCUCAACAAGGGUGAAAACCGUCUAUACUUCGUUACUUGCAACUCCUGUGGAUCCCGUCGUUCCGUUGCCGCCAUCAAGACCGGUUUCCGUGGACAGGUCGGCCGCAGAAAGAGACAGGGUUAA